GAGGUCGGCCGUGUCUCUCUCCUCCAGCAGCCUUCCUUCACCAUGGAUGUGCGGACUACAAGCUCCGCCGGGAUUAUCGCUCAGGUCGCGCUGCUACUGUCCUGCGGCCGCGGGACGACCGGACAAGAUCCGUGCGACGGCCCGCUGGUGUCCAACCUGAUGCCGUCGUCCUUCAGGAGCUCCUCCGAGCUGUCCAGCAGCCACGCGCCGGGCUUCGCCAAACUCAACCGGAGAGACGGAGCUGGAGGUUGGUCUCCUCUCGUCUCAGACAGACAUCAGUGGCUGGAGGUCGAUCUGGGCGAGCGAACAAAGAUCACGGCCGUGGCCACGCAGGGCCGCUACGGCAGCUCCGAUUGGCUGUCGUCCUACCUGCUGAUGUUCAGCGACACGGGACACAACUGGAGGCAGUACAGACAGGAGGAGAGCAUCGGGUUCUUCCCAGGUAACAGCAACGCGGACAGCGUGGUUCAGUACAAGCUGCAGCAGCCGGCCGUGGCUCGCUUCCUCCGCCUCCUCCCUCUGGACUGGAACCCCAGCGGACGCAUCGGACUGCGGCUGGAGACCUACGGAUGUCCUUACACGUCUGAUGUGGCAAGCUUUCAUGGCGGCAGCAGUUUGGUGUACAGGCCGAGCCCCAGCCCGAGGCGGACCUCCAAAGAUGUAUUCACCCUGAAGUUUAAAACCCUGCGGAAUUCUGGGACGGUGCUGCAGGCGGAGGGACGGGAGGGACUGAGCCUCAGUCUGGAGUUAGAGCGAGGAAAGCUGCUGCUGCUGCUCAGAGAAGACGGGGCUUCCUCCUCCGAGCCCCGGCGUCUCGCCUCGCUCGGCAGCCUGCUGGACGAUCAGCACUGGCACAAUGUGGCGCUGGAGCGACGCAGCUCUCACCUCAACCUCACCGUGGACAAACACACGGAGAGAGUUCAAAUCCCCGCAGAGUUCAGCCACUGGGACAUCGAACAGCUGACGGUGGGAGCAGUUCCAAGACUUGAUCAUCAGAAAUCGGUCAUUUCCAAGAGGAGCUUCCAUGGUUGCAUAGAAAACCUGCUGUUCAACGGUCACAACCUGAUAGAGCUGGCAAAACACAACAACCACCAAGUGGCUGUAGUGGGCAAUGUGACCUUUUCCUGCGCUGAACCGCUGUCUGUGGCCGUGACAUUCACCGGCCCCCAGAGCUUCCUCCAGUUGCCGGGGACGACAACAUCCUCCUCCUCGGCAGGCGUGUCCAUCGGCUUCCAGUUCAGGACGUGGGACAAGGCGGGUCUCCUGCUCACCUUUGACCUCCCUCAGCACGGGGGCGUGGUCUGGCUGUACCUGAGCCAGGCCCGACUGCGACUGCAGAUCCAUAAAGCUGGGAAAGCGCUGCUGGAGCUCAGUGCAGGUGCUGCUCUGAAUGACGGCCAGUGGCAUGCGGUGGAGCUGAACUCCAAACGAGGCCGUCUGACCGUCACUGUGGACAAAGAGGAAGGAGGCAGCGCUCAGGCCAGUCCGGCGUUUCCUGUUGCUGUGAAGAAUCACCUCUUCUUUGGUGGCUGCCCUGCUGAAGACAACCAUCCAGACUGCAGGAACCCAUUUUCUGCCUUCCAGGGCUGCAUGCGCUUACUGACUGUAGACAACCACAGUAUGGAUCUGAUCAAGGUGCAGCAAAAGCAGCUGGGAAACUUCAGCAACCUGCAGAUUGACAUGUGUGGAAUCAUCGACAGGUGUUCUCCCAGCCGCUGCGAGCACGGCGGCCGCUGCAGCCAGUCCUGGACCGUCUUCCACUGCAACUGCUCCGACAGCGGCUACAACGGCGCCACCUGCCACAGCUCCGUGUACGAGCAGUCCUGCGAGGCGUACAAGCACAACGGCAACACGUCGGGACAUUUCUACAUCGACGUGGACGGCAGCGGACCGAUCAGACCGCAGCUGGUCUACUGCAACAUGACAGAAGAGAAGACGUGGAUGGUGAUCCAGCACAACAACACAGAGCUGACCAAAGUGCGGCCGUCUCCCAGCAUGCCCCACCUUCUCCUCCACUUUGGUUACUCAUCUAAAGAGGAGCAGCUUCAGGCGGCCAUCAGCCAAUCAGAGCACUGCGAGCAGCAGCUGUCCUACCACUGCAGGAAGUCCCGCCUCCUCAACACUCCAGAGGGCUCCCCGUUCAGCUGGUGGCUCGGCGGUCCGGGUCCCGGGCGUGUGCAGACCUACUGGGGUGGAGCUCAGCCCGGGAGUCAGCAGUGCGCCUGCGGCCUGCAGGGCGACUGCGUGGAUCUGCAGCAUUACUGCAACUGUGACGCCGACCGCGCGGAGUGGACUGAAGACUCGGGCCUGCUGAUCCAUAAGGAGAGUCUCCCUGUCAGGGCUUUGGUGCUGGGUGACAUCAAGAGGCCCGGGUCGGAGGCCGCCUACCGGGUGGGACCACUCCGUUGCCACGGAGACAAGAACUUCUGGAACGCCGCGUUUUUCGACAAGGAGACUUCCUACCUUCACUUUCCCACCUUCCACGGGGAGCUGAGCGCAGACAUCUCCUUCCUGUUCAAAACCACGGCUCCCUCCGGGGUGUUCCUGGAAAACCUGGGCAUCAGAGACUUUAUCCGGAUCGAACUGAGCUCCUCCACUCAGGUCAUCUUCUCCUUCGACGUCGGUAACGGCCCGCUGGAGGUGCGUGUGGAGUCCAGCGUCCCGCUGAACGACAACCGGUGGCACCGGGUCCGGGCCGAGCGGAACGUGAAGGAGGCGACGCUGCGGCUGGACGACCUGCCCGUGGCCACGCAGGAGGCUCCGGCCGACGGACACUUCCACCUGCAGCUCAACAGCCAGCUCUUCAUCGGAGGAACGGCGUCCAGGCAGAAGGGCUUCCGGGGCUGCAUCCGCUCUCUGCAGCUGAACGGCGUCACUCUGGACCUGGAGGAGAGGGCGAAGAUCACGCCCGGGGUGAGACCCGGCUGCCCGGGUCACUGCAGCAGCUACGGGUCGCUGUGUCAGAACCAGGGCCGGUGCACGGAGAGGGAGAACGGCUUCCACUGCGACUGCAGCCUGUCGGCGUUCUCUGGCGUCUUCUGUCAAUCAGAGGUGUCGGCCAGCUUCAAGUCGGGGACGUCGGUCCGCUACACCUUCAAAGAGGUGUACGAGGUGAGCAGGAACAGCAGCGCUCUGCCGUCCUCCAUCUACUCCGACGCGACGCUGAGAGGAGAGAACGUCUCCCUGAGCUUCAGGACCAGCCAGAGUCCGGCGCUGCUGCUCUACGUCAGCUCCUACUACAGAGAGUACCUGGCUCUGCUCAUCAACAAGCACGAUAAGCUGGAGGUGAGAUACAAGCUGGACAGCGGCAGAGAGGCGGAGGUGCUGAGGAGCCGAGCGAGGAGCCUGGCUAACGGACAGCUGCACACCGUCAGCAUCAGGAGGCGUUCGGACUCCGUGUCUGUGCAGAUUGACCAAAACGCCACCGAACACUUCAACCUGACGUCUGACGGAGAAUUCAACGCCGUCAAGUCCGUGGUGUUGGGCAGAGUGCACGAUUCUGACGACAUGGACCCAGACCUGGCCCGCCUGGGCUCCCUGGGCUUCACCGGCUGCCUGUCUGUGGUUCACUUCAACACCAUCAGCCCCCUGAAAGCCGCUCUGCUCCACCCGGACAGCGGCCCCGUCUCCAUCAGCGGACCUUUAGUCCAGUCCAGCUGUGGCUCUGCAGCCUCAGCGAAUCCCUACGCAGCGGAGAACACACACCACCUGUCAGACCAGUCUGGUUCUGUGGGUUCAGGUCAACCUGUAGUCAAUGCCAUCAGGACUGACUCGGCUCUGAUCGGAGGUGUGAUCGCCGUGGUCAUCUUUGUGAUGGUGACCGGCCUGGCGAUAACAGCCAGGUUCCUCUACCGGAGGAAAGACACGUACCGAAACCAGGAGGUGAAGGGAGUCAAGCAGGACGACAGCCCGGACUUCACUUUCAACACCCAGGCGGACUCCCAGAAUCUCCCCACCGAAAACCCAAAGGAGUAUUUUAUUUAACCGGCGGCUGGAGAUGGAUUUUGGAGGAUUUUGGCACGCCCCGGGACUUUCACGGUGCGUUCAGGAGCCGCUCGGCUACCUCUCUGACGGAGGCGGCUCCGUGGCAUCAAAGACGAACAAUUCCCACGGUGUUGUCUUUCUGUUGCUUUACUGUAAAUUGUGAAUAUACUGAUCCAAACGAGCAGCAGCGUGGGACUUUAAGGUGUUCAUACUCUUGCUCCGGCAGCUGUAAAUACUGUGUAAACAUUGAUUUAAUGUCUUUGUAACAACCUCUGGCUAAUGUCACUUUGUCAUAUUGAGACGUUGGAAGUAAUGGCCGUAUCAGUGCUUCUGUUGUGUCCGGGAAGUGAAAAUGUGUCCUCUUGUGUUUGGGUUUCACCAAGUGAGCGAUAGAAAUGAACACUCAUUUAGGGAGGUUUCCUCACAUUUCACAAGAUCACUCGCCAACUGUUUGUCAAAUUCAAGUUGGUUUUUUUCCCCUUUUUCCACUCAGUUACCUCUCUCUCUUCAGAAUGAUGCUGGAAGUCUUUCAGCUGGAAUACAAGCAAAAGAUGUGGUUGUGAAGUGACGUGAGGAGGUUUCCCCUCGCUAUCAUGAAGAACCAGAAUUAAAAUCGAAUCCGAUCUGACUCCGACAGAAGAGAGCAGUGAACUUAUGUUUGUCUCAUUGAGUUUUGUAGUAAUCAUCAUGGGAAACUUCAGCUCGCGUCCUCAAGGACUCUCUGAAAUAGACGAGCUGAAUUUGAUAGGACACCAUCAAAAAGGGGAGAGAGAGCACUGCCGUGAGUCCUGGGUUUGAACAACCUUGAAAACAUUUGGAAUAAGUCCACAGCUCAAAUGAUAUCUUACACGGAUUCGGCUGGGCUUGACAUCUUAGUGGAGAAAAAGGACAUUUUGUACCCUUUAAAUCUGCUCUUUGAAGCAGAGUUUGUGGGAGCGAUGCUCAGUAUGCUACAGUUAUACAGAAAUAUUAUAGUUUCAACAUUUUUAGAUCAUGGAUUUACUGGAUAUAGAUUAGGAAUUCUUUUUUUUUUUUAAGUCACAUGAAUAUAAUUGAAAGUCACACAUUCAUCUCUUAAUUCUAAAGUUCCUCUUGACUUUUUAAGAGCUUUAUUUGAAAAGGUCAUUUCAUUUUUUAUUGGCUCUCCAGACCAGACAGCAGCCACCCUCAUUGUUUGGAAAGUCGCCUCAUUCAGUGAAAACACCCACUCCAUAAUUAAAUGAUCAAAUACUCAUCCUCAAACACCAAAAUCUGUUCUCCAGUUAUUCUCAAAUACUCUGUGGGACCAACAAAACAAUACAGGGUGAUUUCAGUGGCGGGAGGUAAUACAGGGCAAAACUAUCGUUUGCCGUUAUUAACGUUAAGUUUGAGGCUUCGUUUACACGACGGCGCUGCUCGGAGUCUCUGGAUACGGAUCAGAAGUUGCGGGACUUUUCCAAAACACGAAGACUCGGUCUUUGUGGAAAUGAGGAGGUGAGGGGAAACGAAACUUUUUGAAAACAGUCUGACAGCGUCGUCAUGGAAAUGACGGGAAAAUGUAACUUUUUUGAAACACUGCACAAGCGCACCAAGGCCGUAGUAAAUAGUUCUUCUGCACAUGCUCGAGUCGUAGUACAGUAACAUUGUUUUCCUCCAGUGUGUCGUGACUGACGGUCCAGAUUCUCCUUGACUUGGUAGUUUAUUUGACAGUCAUCAACUCGGUUGUCUGUCCAUAUGAUUGUAGUAUAUUAUUCUCUGCCCAUGUGUGUGUGGCUUCAUUAUAAAAACAGACAGCACCCAUUAGUGGCUUGGCAUGAUAACUAAAUCAUUUUUAACAUUUCCACCAUUUCUGUGUAUACGGACAUCAUUUUCAAAAUGUUGCUGAGUCGACAGGAAACUUUCUUGUAAUGUAAAAAUGAUGCAUUUUCACUUGAAGCAUCGUGUAAACGAGGCCUAAGAAACAUGAUCAAGCUCUGCUCAUUUUCCUGCCGCGUAAUUGGAAGGAAAUGUGGAUUUUCACUUUAACUGAAACCACAGACUCUUGGAUGGAUGUUUGGAUGCACGACGUGUAGAUUUACAAUCCAUCCAUUCACCCGAAGCUCCUCGGGAAAUAUUUCACUUCAAAUGAUUAGGUGAUCAGAAUGAAACUACCUCAAAUGUGUUGAUAAAGAAAUUGUGAUAUGUCUAUGGAGAAGAAUCAAAGACCAAAAAAAAGUUUAGUUCUCCUGUAAAUCAAGGGAAUUCUAUCUUAAAGCUCACGAGCAUCCAUCCAGCACACAUAAUAAGCCCAUUUCUAAAAUGUCACUUCAGCUUUGAUAUAGUUUGAGGUGACUGUAGACCCUUCAGAGCCGAUGAGUCACUUCGCUAUAAGUUUUUCAGAAAGUGCACUGUCAUCUAAAGCUGGGAAACUCGGCUCAGCAGAUAUCAAAGUGGUUGCUCUUAUGUAAUGUAGCCCGUUAAAUCUUUUGGGAGAAAACUUAAACAAAGAAGCCGUGGCUUCCUCAACACGAGAGUCUAACUUCUUUUUUCCAAUGGUUCAAAAAAAAUUCACACAACUUCAGUUUUUUAGGUGGCUGAUGCAGUGAAGGCUGGGAAUAUGUGAACUACAACCAGAACCAGCUCAACGCUCACUUCAUCCUAAACCUAAAGACGGGAAGCCGACACAUAUCGAGAGACCUCUAUUGUUUCUGAAACGCUAUCAAGUAUGCAGUUCAGCCAGAAGUCUUUAGAUCCUCUUCACGCUCUCUCCUUUGAAUCCCCCGUUUCACAUUUCUUUCCUCGCAUCUGCUGGGAGCUUCCUCUGUUAAUGUCUCUGAAGCUUUUAACACUGACAGCAGCCCAAAAUCUAUAACACCGUCACUGUCUGUCACCUCCUUCGCUGCACGCCGAGUCAGUUAAUGUGUUUUUGAAAUGCUAAUCUGCUUUGUUCUGACAGGUGAGUUGCUGGAAAGCAGAGAGAGCUGAUGAGACCGAGACAGAGAGAUAAUCUGAGUGACGUGGCUCUAAUGAAAACACCUUCUGAUAUUAACACUUGAAAAUGAGGCAGAUCCCUCCAUGUGUUAAUACGGCUCGCGUGUAAAGCGUGGAAGGAGGAUGAGACGCAGAGGAAUCGACAGCAAGCUGUUUAUCAACACAUGUCGCCGUCUCUCUGCGAGAGUCCAAAGCACAGAUGGGAUUUUAAUGACAAAAGUUGCUAAAUCUUUAAAGUGGAUCUUUAAACUUCUUCAGAGACUAACGGAAGGUACCGGCUUCCGCUGCACUGCAGUUUUCCCACUGUAGAGUUAAGAACCAUGUCUCAAGUUCUGCUGCAUCCACUCCCAUGCUGACUGGUGCCUAUUUAUAAUUAUGCAAUAAAUAAAGUCAUGACAAAUGAAAUCUACUUCUAGAGAGUAUGUACGUCUACUCUUUAGACCUUAGAAAGGGAGUUAAGUAAACCUCCACAAAGUUAACCUCGUCAACCUGCCUUGUAAAACACAGACUUGCACACCACUGGUGGGAAGAUUGAACUCCCUGAUGAUCAAUAAGCCACAUUAUGUCUGAAUGUGGACCUCAGGACUUUUCUUUUGAAGCAGCUUGUAGAGCUCGACAGCUCACUCUUCUCUCUGUUCCUGUUCCAUGUGUCCUUUUUGCCCCUCAUGGGAGCCACUGGCGCUGGUGUGAACGUCAUUAAAACUGCUCUAGUUUAUUAGAUGAUCUGUAGAGCUAUUUGUUCUCACCAUGAGGCCAAAAUCCAUUCAUUUGUCUUCGACAUCAUUUCAGCCGAAUUACAGUCAUGGAGGCCUGAAGGUAAAGUUAGUGAAAGUGCGUCGAGGGUAAAAAUCUGUACUGAUCAGAGAUGUAACCAUUUAGAAGUCAAACACAUUUUAAUUCAGAGGCCGCAUGCAGACUAGUUUAAACUUGAGUGGCCCAGACAAGUAGAAUAAUGCCAGAACAACCUUUAAAUUUAAACACUUAAGUUUUUCUUUGUUGUGGCACGGAGUGUACUACGUCAUGAAAAUGUCUCUAGUUUCACGAAACCAAACAAUUACCGUGGAAAAUGACUCCAAUCUGAACAUGAAGCCAAUUUUAAUGAAACCUUUUGG